AUUUCAUUUUUUAGUAUAAUGCUAGGAAAUUCGAAUGGACGGUGUCGUAUUCCCCGUCAUCAAAAAAUAAAAAAGACAAAAAACAAAAACAAAAAAAAAAAAAAGAAAAAGAAAAAAAAGAAGAGGGCUUUUGAUUAUUCUCGUCAGUACUACUACUGAAACACACUUAUUCUCUCUCUCUUUUUAUCGGGUGCGUGGACUUAGUUGGCUCUGCUUUGCUCUCUGCUUCUUUCCUUCAUCACUCCUCGAUCGCCUUCUUAUCUUUUUCUUUCAGGUAUUUCCUUUAUUUUUCUUUUUAUUUUCCCCCAAAUAUUCCUUGCAUAGAUUUUUUUAACUUUUUUUGAUUAUGAUAAAACUAUGAAAGUGCUUUCAUGAAUUCAUGUUCGCGUGAACGAUUGGUUUUGAAUUUCCUUUUUUGGUUUUUUUUGUUUUUGUUUUUUGGGUCAUUUCUUUUUAUUAGCUUUAGUUGUAGAUGGAAUUUUUACUUAAUUUAACUAGCUGAGAUGAUUUUUUAUUUUUUAUUUUUUUGUUUGCGGAAAAAGAUUCAAUAUGUCUCGCUUCAAACCGUGAAGGAUUUUGAACUCGUUGCUAGUUGAAGUUAUUUUCUGCUAAAUUUUGCUUUGAUCUUAUGAAUUGUUCUUAUUUUGUUGUGCCGUUGACUCUUUGUACUGCCAAAGUAGGUUAGCGCGAUCUCUAAAUUGUAGGCAUGCUAGUCCUUGACUUGGAAACUUUAUGGUAAAUGGAAGAUAAAUCUUAUGUAAUUGUUUUAAAACAUUGGGAAACUGUCAAUGAUCACUCGUGAUCCGUUGUUAAAGCAUCGCGAAAUUUUUGAGUGGAUAAAAAUGUACUCCUCAUUCACCCCGAGAAAAAUAGUCAAAUUUAUUGAGUUAAAAUGGUACAAAAAUGUAAAUUAUUUUUCUUGGAUAUAGGGAGCAUUAAGAAGCAGAUUUUUUUAUAUGAAUUGCUUGAAUAUUGGGGGCAAUAGGGUAAUUGUUUAAUAUUGGACUGAUUCAGAGCUUGCUUUUGGGUGGAAAAGCACGUUAUGGCUUUAAGCUUGUUUGUUAUGUGUCAGCAGUUUUGCAUUUUUCUGGAAUUUGGCUCAUUAUCAUGAAAACCGCAAAGGGCAAGGGGCCAGCGAGAAAGGACACUAAGGAAGCGUUGAAGCCCGUUGAUGACAGGUUCCAAAUUUAUCUGUUUUCGCUAUUUUUACUAACUACGUGCUUUUGAAUUCACAGGUUUUGUGAAGACAUCUCAUGCAUGUUUGCUGUGGUAUUGCGGUGCUGUCUUGAAGAAUGCUAUGUUUAAUGGUUCAUGUGUUCAUCUUUAUUCUUUGCAGGAAGCUUGGAAAGAGAAAGGCAGAUCAAAGUAGUCAAAGAAGGGCUGCAGGGAAGCAGAAAAAGGGGCAGAAAGACCCCAAUAAGCCGAAAAGACCCCCAAGUGCCUUCUUUGUCUUCCUUGAGGAGUUCAGACAGACAUUUAAAAAGGAAAAUCCUAAUGUGAAGGCUGUCUCAGCUGUUGGAAAAGCUGGAGGACAGAAAUGGAAAUCCAUGAGUCAAGCAGAAAAAGCACCAUAUGAAGCUAAAGCUGCAAAGAGGAAGGCUGAGUACGAGAAGCUUAUAAACGCCUACAACAAGAAGCAGGAUAACUCAGCUGAUGAUGAAUCAGAGAAAUCAAACUCUGAAAUUCAUGAUGACGAAGAGGGAGGUGGAGAGGUAGAUAUACAUAAAUCUCUUUGAUACUUUUUAUUUUAAUUUUAAUUUUUUUUUGGUUUUCAAGAUGCAGUUGAAACUUUUCAACUAGCUUGUUUUCUGUUUCUUUAAUUUCAUAUGGAAAUAUUGAAUUAUUGGUUAUGAUCUCCCAUUUUCCCCCUUUGAACAGAGGUCAAAAGGAGAUUUUUCUUGGAAAUAUUUUAUGCUGGUGGCAAGGCAUCCGUAGUCGGAUGCUUCCUUUUAAUCAUGUGCUUCUGCAAAGAACAUUUUGUUAUGACUGCUUGUUGUGUGUUUUCCACCUGUCUGAUCCAGUUUCUUUACAGCAGGAGGAAGAAGAGGAUGACGAGGAGGACGAUGAUCUCUGAGUCAGGCUGCAGGGGUCCAAUGGGAAGACACUGUUUGUUCCUAACCCGCCUAUUCUAAUGGCAGUCGACCUUUCCAACUGCAAGGAAAUGUGAUAGCGCGGAAUGUUGUACAUGCGUGUAUGAUGGAUUUAUUUGCAUCUUUUAUCUAGUACAUAAGUAUCAUGUAGUAAUGAUCACUUGUGUUCUUGCGAAGGAAAAUUUUAUCUUUAUGGGUCUUUUCUAUUUCUUCAUUUUACUUUUUCUGGCACCUGAAGCUUGUUAUGUGGGUAGAAGCAUCCAGUCUUGUUCAAAUUUGUGUCAGCACAAAAAUUCUGCCAAGGACUCGGAAUAGCAAAGCAACAUGAUAGCAGUCGUGUUUCUUUAAAACAGGAAGAUCGUGUUCAGAUUCUAUUCCAAAAGGCUAGGUAUGAUAAACUACUAUUAGAACAUCCCCUUUGUUUUUCUUAAUCCACAAUGCACAAAAGCCCCUGUUGACAGGCAUUAGCAUAAAAGGCAAUGGCUUAAAAUUGACUUUCAUGCUCUCUUCACCUUUAGAGAGUUGAUUACAAUGCAGGUGUCGUCCUAACUGGCUAAUAACCCAACCGUAUUUACAAUUAUAAAUAUUUGGAGUGUGACAAACAAAUAAGUGAGACAAUAUUUACAGCUACAAUUUUCGUUCAACUAAAAACUAAUUUUCUGAGCCAAAGAACCCAUUCCUUCAUCUGAAACGAGGAUCAUAAGAAACCAGCACGGUAUCGGGAACUAACAGUGGUAAUUUCUCAAUGUACAUGAAAAGUCUCUUCAAGUUCUCUUUGGCAAUUGCUGACAGAUCUAAGAUUUCAUAGCUGCCGGGGUAGAUCCAAAGGUCACCAGAGUUCACUCGUUUCAGACUAUCCCGACAGAAGGGGCAUGAUUGAGACCGCGAUCGCCUAAAAGAGCGCCAUUAUUUUGAAACCAAAAAUGAAAACAAAAUUACUAGAAAUCACCAAAUGAAAAAGGCCAAAGCAAACAUCUGCCAGCUAGGAAAAACAAGGUACCACCAGUAAAUGAAGUAUACAAGAAGAUGCAAAUUCAUUUGUUUAGUACAUUAGUUAGUCCUGGUAAAACCAGCCCAAAUACCAGAGCAUAUCAGAAGAAAAAGCAAAAAAUGUUGUCACGUGAUCUGCUUACCAGCUUCUAUAACAUUCCAUGCACAUAGAGUGGCUGCAACUGGGUAAAACAACCUUAGUAUCCAAUUCCAUGCAAAUUCCACAUUCCUCCUCCCUCUCGAUUUCGAUUUCAGACAACUUUUUCCCCUUGUCCAUCUCAUCUUUUCUCUGAUACUUCUUCUCACAGACUUCUCUUUGUUUUCUGUCCUCAAUUUCAGUGAUUCCCUUUUGAAGUUGCAACAAGGAAGGGAAUAUCACUCCUGAUCCCAUGUGAAUGUGUUUUUAUCAGAAUUUCACACUUAAAAAAGUGACAGAACAAACUACAGAGAACACGCUCACCACAAGGAAGAUUCUUAGGGAUGGCAAAUAGGUAAUUUGUGAAACUAUACAAACCUAACCCGAAACAAUAACAUAUCUAUAGCAAUGGACAAGACAUGAUCAGCUUAAUUCACAUACAACAUAAAAGGGCACGAAAAUUGAGCCUAAUAAAAACGUGUUAAACUAAGUAUAUUAAAAGCAAUACUGACAUCUGGGAUAACAAUUUCCAACUUCCACCAAAAAACACGAACACUACCCAAUCACCAGAUUAAACAAUCAAGCAGCCAUCAAGAGAAAAUAUCAAAAUUCAGCAAAAGAAAGAGCUUUUCAGACUUGAGGACAUCGCCUUACCGUAAAACUCCUUCAAACUAGCCUUUCUCUCAUGAACAGACAUGGUAGUCCUACCAUCUUCGUAUGCCUGGCAUCAGCCAUCCUCAUUUCAGCAAUAAUUGAUUCCCAUGACCAGGGCAAGGAACAUAAAAAAGGAGGCAAACCAACAAUAGUGCAGAAACUGAAAUACCUUGUAAAUAAGGAUCCUCAGUAAUCCGAGAACUCCAGCAAGGUGACAAUCGGUCCACUGAACAAGAAAGAGAAGAAUGUGGGCACAGGGACUGUAUGACAGCCUCAUCUGGAGGCAUGCCCCAUCAUACUCCCUGGGAUAAUCAGAAGCCCUGUUUUUUUAGCACAAAACAAUUCAGCACUAGCAUCAAUAAUUUCAUCAUUCAUAAUUCCGUCAGCAAUAUGGUAAAUAAUCUUUAGAUACAAACUAAACUGAUCACCAAAGUCAAUUCAAAAUUGUAAGAUGAAUUGAAGAAAAAAGAGGAAGCUGAAACUAGUGGUUCUACAGUAUAAUAAUAAUAAUGAUAAUUGUUGUGGUCCAGUCAAGAGUCUCCCAGAUCCAGCCAGUUUAUAUCCACUUAUUAUCCGCACUUUUUCUAAUCCCUGACAGGAAUAGUAUUAGCAGGCCCUAAAGAAUCAAUCAGAUAUUCUUCUCAAACAAAGGCCAGGCCAAAACUGAAAGGACAGAGAACAGUUGCAGUAGUAUCCAGGGAAUCAAUCUUCAAGGCUCAAACACACAACUCAAGAACUAAUUCAGUAACCAUUCCAGCUUACAGACCUUGUAAUUACCAUAUUGAAAACAGCAUAUAAAAACGGAACUGGGAAAAACAGUCUUCAAAACUCGAAGAAAGCAAAAGAGAUUCGACGAACUCAAAACGUAGAGGAAAAACAAGCAAACAAAAUCAACAAAAGGGGAAGACAGUUCCAGGAACAGUACUGAAGGAGAGAAACAUACAGGGUGUUGGCAUGUUGGAUGUCAGCUUCAAGAGCUUUGAGCGAAUCCUUGAAAGAUUUCUUCAUCACUACCACCAGAAGCAACAAUAAGGCUACUAAUACUACUAAGCGUUUCCUCAAUUCCCAUCCAACUUGCACAAAUCCCUAUAAAAAAUUCAGCAAGAAUCCCGUCUAAAGUUCUUGGUUUCUUACACUACAAAUCAAUUGGAAAGCUAAAUUGAUCAAUCUAUAACCCAAAAACACAAUCCCACACCCAAAAAAGAGAGAGUUUUUCAACAACCCAACCUUAUUCUUUGUCACCUAAGAGUGAAAAAAAAUCCCCCAAAAGAAUGACCCUAUAAAUUUAAAAAACUGGGAUUCCUCGGACACAAUGAAAAUUUAUUGGGAUUCGAUUAUGGGAAUUGGGAUUAGGCAAAUCCCCACAACUAACUGAAUGCGGAAGCUGUUGGGGGGAAUUAACAAGAGGAAAGUGGAGGGAAUUUCAACAGAAAUUGCAGGGUAAGGAAAACAUGGGGAAUCGAACCCGAAACUGAUGAAAUUUGUUGGCUGUUAGUACUUAGCAGUAGUAGUGGUGGUAAUGGUGGCAGUAGAAUAGUGAGUGAUGGGAGGAGAAAGUUGAAUUAAUUGUGAAUUCGAAGGAAGGAAAAAAAAAAAAAAAAGUUUUAUUGGCUUCAAUCACACGUUUAUUAGGAUUGGGGGGGUUCCUUGUUAGCACCUUCGAAUUCGAUUUCUUCUGAUGGUUUCUACUACUAAUCCAUCUGUUGCUUCUCCUUAAUUGCUGUGAUGUUAUCCUCUUCUUUCCCUCUUUUGUUUGUUUUAUUUGUUGUUGUUGUUGCAGAGAUUUCUGAUUGAUUGGCAAUAAUGUCUUUUUGAGUAUAUUUGUUUUCGG